CCCAUCCGUGUUUCCACCUAAUGCUUCACGCUUCUGGAGUUCAUAAGUCGCUGCCUUCGUUUUAACUAUUUCAACAAGAAGUCGGUCAGCUUCAAACGAUUGAAGUAUUAGCUUAUUUUGGCUAGCAGGCUAACUCGUGCUAAGCUAAAUAGCUCGCCAGUCCAGCAUUUAAUUUUGUUUUUAUUUAAACAAACUUAACGUUCAAGCUCCGUGGUGGUCAUUCUUCGUGCUAAAAGGUGGCUAGCGAUAGCCGAUGAUUGCGUUGUUUUUUGGCCUUGUGUUUAUGCGCAAUUCAGUGCUUUGGCAUUAUGUAAACAACAAGUGCACGUUUUAUUUUUAAAGAUUAUUUGGUGUGUUAAUCGUGAAACAUUAGAGAAAAGCGCAAAGGAUAGUUAAAAAUUUGUCAACACAAUCUUUAGCUGUCCGCGUUGACUGUAUUGCUAGUUAGCAAGCAAGCUCGAGAGUCAUCUGGCUUUGUUGUUUAGUUCGAUAGCUGCCAAAUCAGUCAGCGUCACCAAGAAUAAUCGUGUUAUAGGAAUGCCCAAGGAAAAAUAUGACCCGCCGGAUCCAAGGCGGAUGUACACAAUUAUGUCCAGCGAGGAGGCAGCAAAUGGGAAGAAAUCAUACUGGGCUGAGCUGGAAAUCAGUGGUCGAGUGAGGAGUCUUAGCACAGCCCUGUGGUCUCUCACCCACCUCACUGCCCUUCACCUCAGUGACAACUCUCUGUCACGAAUCCCGCCAGACAUAGCCAAACUACACAACCUGGUGUACCUGGAUCUCUCAUCCAAUAAGAUCAGGAGCCUGCCGGCGGAGCUCGGCAACAUGGUGUCUCUCAGGGAAUUGCUUUUAAAUAACAACCAGUUGCGAGUUCUCCCCUUUGAACUGGGAAAACUGUUUCAGUUACAGACACUGGGGUUAAAAGGAAACCCACUUGCACAAGAUAUUAUGAGCCUCUACCAGGAACCCGAUGGCACACGGAGACUGCUCAGCUACUUGUUAGACAAUCUGGCAGGAGCUAUCAAGCGCAUACCAACCGAGCAGCCCCCUGCCCGAUCGUGGAUCUCUCUUCAGGAACCCGACCGAACACGUCCGUCAACUCUCUUCUCGGUCAUGUGCUAUAACGUGCUGUGUGAUAAAUACGCCACGAGGCAGCUCUAUGGCUACUGCCCGACCUGGGCUCUAAACUGGGAGUACAGGAAGAAGUCCAUCAUGCAGGAAAUCCUCGGCUGCAACGCAGACAUCAUCAGUUUGCAGGAAGUAGAAACAGAGCAGUACUACAGUUUCUUCCUGCCUGAGUUGAAAGAACAAGGAUAUGAUGGGUUCUUCAGUCCAAAGUCACGAGCCAGAACCAUGUCAGAGUCCGAUCGUAAACACGUGGAUGGCUGUGCGAUUUUCUUCAAGACAGAAAAGUUCGGCGCCGUGCAGAGGCACACCGUGGAGUUCAACCAGCUGGCCAUGGCUAACUCCGAGGGCUCUGAGGCCAUGUUGAACAGGGUGAUGACGAAGGACAACAUCGGGGUCGCUGUGCUGCUUGAGGUCCGCAAAGAAAUCAUGGAGAUCUCCUCUGGGAAGUCACUCCACGGCAUGGAGAAGCAGCUUCUUCUGGUAGCAAAUGCCCACAUGCACUGGGACCCAGAGUACUCAGAUGUCAAGCUGGUCCAGACCAUGAUGUUCCUGUCAGAGGUGAAGAAUAUCGUAGACAAGGCCACGCGCAGCUUCAAGUUAUCCUCCUCUGGUGAGACCAAUGCCAUUCCACUGGUGCUGUGUGCUGACCUCAACUCCCUGCCUGACUCUGGCGUAGUGGAGUACCUGAGUACCGGUGGAGUGGACUGCACCCACAAGGACUUCAAGGAGCUCCGCUACAGUGACAGCCUGACCAAAUUCAACUGCAACGGCAAGAAUAGCACAUCCAACGGCAAGAUCACUCACGGCUUCAAGUUGAAGAGCGCCUACGAGAAUGGCCUGAUGCCUUACACCAAUUACACCUUCGACUUCAAGGGUGUGAUCGAUUACGUUUUCUACUCCAAGCCUCACCUGAACGUCCUGGGCAUCCUGGGCCCUCUGGACCCCCACUGGCUUGUAGAGAACAAUGUCAGCGGCUGCCCACACCCCCACAUCCCCUCUGACCACUUCUCCCUCUUUGCUCAGCUGGAAUUGCUCCUGCCCGCUUUGCCCCCGCAGGUCAACGGGCUUCACCUGCCUGCACGCAGGUAGUGAGACCCUGCCAUACCACCUGGAGGGGGGCUGCAGCCACAGCUUUUCCUCUAAACCUCGCCCUCCUUCCUUCUACCAGCUCUUCCCUCCACCACACUGGAGGAGGAAGACACACACGUUCAGAAAAAAUAAACAAAACCCACCACACAAAACCUGUAAAAUAUUCGUACAGUGAGGUCUGGCUGACAGGGAUUUCGUACAAUGUUAUAGAUAUUCUAUAUUUUUCCUGUUUUUUUUUUUCUUUCUUUUUAGGUUGUUUUUUAACUGCUUGAUUCGGUCCAGUUUAUGCAUCACACUAUGUGUUUCGGACUCCCCUUUCCUCAUCUGAUUCACACCCUUCAUCCUCGUUUUUUCCUGUCUUUCAAACUAGAGGGGAUGGUAGCUGAUUCAGACUCAUCACACAAGGCAUCGUUAGGCUUAGGAGUUCAGGGCAAAUGCAAAAGAAAGUGGGUGUGUGGGGGGGGGGGGGGGGGGGGGGGGCAUUACCUGCAAAGCUCCAUAUCUGAUGCCCAGCACGUCUGCCUGUCCUGUAUAAAUCUAAAACCAGCAAAGACGACAGACUUGUCAGCCUCAGACCUCCAUCAUCGGCUUCUGACCCCCUGUUCUCUGAGCAGCAGGUCUCUGUGGGAGACGCCUUUAGGAGGUUUAGAGCGACUCUUCCCUGGCGGUGUCCCAGGAAGUGGAUGCAGUGCAGUUCACGUGGAUGCAGGUGAUCUGGUGUUCACAAGGUGAUCUUUUAUUCUCCUGCUGUCAUUCUGUGGUGCUGAGGCCUUUGCUUCUUCAUGGCCUCCUGUGGUGCUACAAGAUAGUCCACCUCUGACCCCUGAUGCAUUCAGCCACUAAACCUGCAGCUGCAUAGAAAAGCAGAAUCCUGAACCUGCAAUUGCCCGAUUCCCCCACCAACAACUUGUGGAGUCAGAUGAGCGAACCUGAGAGCAGCUACCAUCCUCUCUGCAGACCGUUUCACCCAAGCUUGUAUAGUUGUUAGGCUAGUCUUGUGCUUAGGAGCGCGUGCGGCCCAAGUAUCACCAUUUUGUUUUUGAGGAAGGCUGAUUGGGGGGUGGUGGGGGUUUGCUUUCACAAAUCCUUUUUUUUUUUUUUUUUGAAGUAACAACUAAUAAAUAAAACCAGCAUUCCUCUCACUAUCAGGAGCUGACGUUCAGCUCUAGCAAGCUGCAAGCAUACACACACACACACACACUUAAUGGUAAAUUGCAGGCGGAUGUGUAGCACUGUCUCCGAGGCCAGUAGUGACUUUCCCCAGCCAUACGUUACACACACACACACAUACAAAAGCAGUGAGUUUGUUUUUGUUUGGUUUUUUUCACAAGUGUUUGUACAGAAUAGAAUCUAGACUCAGUCUUUACAUGAUUGUAUAUGAACCACAAAAGACCUGUUUUCUGGCAUUUUUUGUACGGAGAGUAAAUUAUGGUCAGAUUUGAGAAAAAAAAGAUUGUAUUGUAAACUAUGGCUAAAUUUUUAUCCAGUUAAUGUUAUAAGAUGAAUUGAUAUUACCAGCUUGUACAAAAGACACGAGAGGAGGUUGUUUGUGGCGUUCGCUGUCACUCCUUUGCACUCCCCCGGAGAUGACCUGUCAUGUUUGGUGUUUUUUAUAGCUCUGGCGUUCUCUCAGCUGUUGGGUUGAUUUAUGUGCUGGCAUAUAGCUGUGAUGUAAAUAGACACCCAGUAAUCGCUACCUGUUGCUCGUCGCCCAUUAACAAAGCCACUGAUUCAGACCGCUGCCAUGGAGUUUUGAUAAAAUGCCACGCACUAACGAUCCCCCACCUGUCUGUCUAAACGUGGAGCGUGGUGGCGUCCCACGCGUGCAUCUCGCCUCACCGUAGCAGUUGAUGUUGUCUUGCACUAUUUCCACGCAGCGAACGCCCAAACAGCCUGUUCUCCUUUUUAUUUUUAAAUACUGUUAUGACAUUUGUGAAGAUUUUAUGUCCUGCUUUCUUGGGGGUUACCAUUUCUUUUUUAUGAGAUGUGACUAUGUUAUGAUGACGUGUAAACCCUUCCUGUUCAUUGAGCUCUCACAUUUUCCCCACGGACCUUCCUUUCAGUAAGGAUCAUGAAUGGGGUGUGUCGUCUUCUAUCACUUUCAGAUCCCUCUUUGUACCUGUGCACACCGUCACCCUGACCCCACCCCAGCUUCUUCUCUGGUGUCCCUGAGCCUCCACCUUAAAACUGCCCAACCUCAGACUGGAUCUAACUACUAUCCUGCUCAAGCUCUGUUGUUAUGUUUUUAAUUAAAACUUUCCACCCCACCACUUUGUAUAGAUUUUCUACCCUUGUUAUUAAAGCUAUAGUGCCAUUUGUAGACACCCCCACACCCCACCUCUGCACUGGAAAGGUUGGAAGCCCCAAGUGUCUGCUUUUAGACGAACGGAGGACGAGGGUCAGCGGGUGUAGCUGUUUUGACGUUGAAUCUCACUUGUUAUUUCAGCUUUCAUGCUUUUACUCGAUGAUCAGCACUUAGAGGAUUCAGAUGCUGUCCUCCUCCUCUGUUCAGUCAUGACAAUAAUAAAGAAAAACGUAUGUUGUUGAAACACAAAAUUUUUAAUUAAAUGCGAAAAAUGAACUUAAAAUUUCUUGUUCCUCUAAUCUGCUUUUAUUUUUUGCUCAUUUCCACAUUUUAAACCUCCAUUUCUCAGUGAAAAUCAAAAUGUCCAAAUUAGACUUUUGCUUUCCUCCUCUCUCCUGAAUGGCAUUAGUAUUGUAGUAGACUUAAAGGGUAGUUUAUUUUUUUGUAAAGUGUGAAUAAAAAGGAUGUUUCUCUUGUUUCUUUCUAAAAAGAUACAGAUUUUUUGGUGUUGACGUGUAAAAUCAUGAAUUCUAUGAUGGUGUUAUGUUUGCUGCAUUGUUUUUUUUUUUUUUGUUUUUUUUUUACUUUUAUUUGACCUUUGACCCUACACGAACCAAAACCUCUGUAGAAAUCAUGUCAACGUGUUUUCCUGAUCGGUGUCCCUGAUGGGUUCAGUGCUCCUGACGAGGCCUUGCUGAAUGUCCCGUGACUGAGGGAAAGUUAGCGUUGGUAGUUUUGGUUUGAACCCUACAGGGAUUAGAUUUUUCUCCACUGUUCAGCUUUAUUUGAGAUUGUUCCCGCAGCGCCAGCCCGCUAGUGUCGGUAGGUUAGGGCAGCCACGCUGUCUCACUAGUGGCUACAGUUCAGUAGAAAACACUGUUUUAACGGGUGUAAAACGUGUUUGUACGACAAAGCUAAUGAUGUGCCGCUAGACCGGUCCUGUGAUUCACUUUUUCGUAACUAUAUUUUUUUAGUACUACUAGUCCAUCUUACUCUGUUCUUGUGCAUUACAGUGAUUCAAUUUGUUAAAACUAGCUAGUUACUCUUGAUGGUCAUCGUUUUGACUCCCAGAUACUUUUGUUGUUUUUACCUCCUUUCCUUCGAAUAUUUGUCCAACUAUAGAUGAAUUUGACACCUUGUGAGCGCUUUUUUCCCACCAUGGCAUCGUUUAUUAUACUUUUUUUGUGUGUGUAGUAAUAUUUUUUAUUUAAUAUUUCCCUCCCUGGCUGCAUCUCUUUGUAACGGUGCACACCAAAGCUGCUUGUAGUUCCGUUUUAGUUUGUAGAGCCAAAGUUCACACCAACAGCUAGCUCACUGAUUUUUCCUUUUUUGUUAUUUUUGUCAUCGUUUUAAAUUCCAAAUCAUUGUAUUCAUGCUACGUAGGGCUGUAAGGACAGCAAGGUCAUUCAGUGUCCUUUUACGUGAUCAUCAUUUAGUUUCAGUUUGACUUUUCAGCUGAACUUGGCAAUAAUAACCAGAAACAUUCAGUCAACUCUUUAAAAUGUAGCCGUUUUGACGAUCAGUCCUCUUUUAUCUAAUCAUCCUAGACCUCACACUGCUUUCUUAGCUCAACACUUUUUACAUUUUCCUGCAUUUUGUAUAUUUGCUCAUCUCUCUCCGUCUCUCUCUCUCUCUCUCCCUCCGCCCUGCUGAUUUUAGUGGUAGUUGUUCAAUGAUCAGGAUUGUCUAUCUGUAGUCAGCUGAGUACAUAUAUUGAUCUGUGUCACUGUGUUUAUGCACUGGACCAACUAUUGUUUACCAUUCAUAAAAUACCAGCAAAAACAACAAAAAAAGAAACACUUGCACAAAGUUCAAGAAUGUUCAUUAAACCGAGACGAGAAAUCAAGGCAGCUGUUUUGAAAUCAACACCUACUGUUUAAAACUGAAGCUGAAUGGUAAACAAUGCUUUCUGUUGUACUCCCUUAGCCGUCCUUUUUUUGAUUCUCCUCGGACUAGUUUUUAUUCUUUUAUCGUUUUUCUUUCUGACUACCGUUUCUGCUUGUUUCCUUUACACCUACCUAUGUAUUUUCCUACUUCUGGUUGAAAAUAAAUUCUGUAUUAUCUGUUUCAAGCUGUGUCACUCUUAUUCUUUGCAAUGAAUAUUGAGAAUAAAUUCUAUAUCUGUU